GCCCCCGACCAGCAGGUGGUAAUGACCAGGCAGGAGAUGCAACAAAUGGUGGCGGAGGCAGCUGCGCAGGCAGUGCAGCAAGUCACAAACAGUCUCUCUUGGGCUACCGCGAUGUCGAACACUGUUGCAGGGUCACACCAAAAUGCGGAGGAGGAUGAGUCCAGCUACGGUGGAGGUGGGCCCCCACAUGGCCGGGAGAUGGAAAGAAUGGCGGAACAAUUGCGUCAAUUGCAGGCUAAGGUGGACGGUCGAACGGAGAGACGUGCUCGAGGACACCCGUUCUCGGCGGACGUACUAGCAGCGCCCUUGCCAAUUACUUACAAGGAUACUAACUUGGUGUUCGAUGGGACUUCGGACCCGUCGAGGCACGUGAGAACGUUCGAAAAUAUGGCCAUGUUGCACGGAUAUACUGACCCCGUUAGUUGCAGGGCAUUUCUAUCGACCUUCAGGGGAGGCGCCCUCGAUUGGUUCCAGCAACUCCCUCCGGGUUCGAUCACAGACUUUGAGGAUUUCGCGAGCGCGGUGGCUCAGGAGAAGACGUACUUAACCCUGAUGGCGAUGAGACAAGGGGAGAAGGAGUCACUGUGCAAAUACAUAGCCCGAUACAAUCAAGCUUGUUUAGAGAUUUCGUCGGCGGUCGAUGAGGUCAAGGCGGGAGGAUUGAUUAGAAGCUUGCGGGUGGGACCAUAUCGGACCUCUCUGGCUAAGACCCCUGCCCAUACGUAUGAUGAGGUGUUUGGAGUUCCUAAAGUACUGGUGUCGGACAACGGGACCCAAUUCAAUGGCAAGCGGAUUCGGGCAUGGUGCGAGGACAUGAAAAUCGAGCAACACUUUGCUUCAAUCGCACAUCCGCAAGCCAACGGGCAGGUCGAAGUGACCAAUAGGAUCAUACUGAACGGUCUGAAAACAAGGCUAGAGAAGGCAUCAGGAGCGUGGGUGGAUGAACUUACUUCGGUGCUAUGGGCAUAUAGAACAACGCCCCGAUCGACCACGGGGGAAACACUGUUCAGUAUGGUGUAUGGAAUGGAAGCUUUGUUGCCGGUGGAGGUCGAAGUUCAGUCCCAAAGAUCGAGCAUGUAUGAUCGAGAGCAGAAUGAACAUUUGAUAAUGGCAGCGCUCGAUACGAUCGAAGAGCUUCAAGAAAAAGCCUCAGCUGAUCUCUAUGCUUUACCCCUAGUCGGAUCUGAUGUCGUGCUAGGAGUACAAUGGCUCGAGGGAUUAGGCAAGGUGACCACCGACUACCGAACUGGAGUUAUGGAGUUCAAAUUUGGAGGUCGGCAAGUCACUCUGAGCACAGGCAGUGAAAAAG